GCUGGAAAUAAUGCUCCGGCUACUUUAUUAUUUGUGCGCUACAACAAAAAGCACUCUGGCGUGUGUUCGCCUCAACUAAUUGUUGCUUACUCCAGACGAGAAUCCCUCCCUGCAGGCUUACAUCUCUGCAGCAUCCUUGCAGAGAAGCUGCCGAUUCCAUUUUUCCCGGCUGCAUUUCGAGGUGCCAUCGACAGAACCGGAGACUGGGCUCAAGCAGAUCUGUGCUCCCGCACAGCCGCCCGGACCGGCAGGUCUCAUUCAUCGGUGUGCAUGGGAGUCAAUUAUUAGGAAGUUCAUUUCACCAGCCACGCACAAGCGUCUCGUGCAUGGAUUUAGGUUGACGCGAAUGAUUAAAGGGAGCCAGAGGCUGGUGUGCAGAUGAUGAUUACGAAUCCGUGCUCGUCAGACGCGGCGCUGUUCACCUGGAAUACCUGAAGCUCUCCAAUGACACGCAUCAACUUAUCAACACUGUUGCAUGUUUUGACGGCUGACAUGUCGGCCCCUGUGGCCUAGCCCGUAGAUAUAUCAGAUCGGGUGUUGAUCGAAGCCCCUGAGUGCCAGAAACUCGCAGAAUCACUGUCCCCUCCAGAGGAUGCUGCCUGACGCGCAAUGAUGCCCGGGACUCGGAGGAUUUUCUGAUCAGGAUGACAUUUGGUUAAAACACUCGUGGACACACAGAAUCAACUCUCUCGUUAAUUUUUUUUUUUCAUAUUGCGCCAAUAAGAAGCUGCAACAAGAUCCGACCUCUGCCCAACUCAGACUCUCGUUUUUUUAGACUCGGUUCGGGGAGAUGGCCGCGAUCGCCAGCUCCCUGAUCCGGCAGAAACGCCAGGCGAGGGAGUCGAACAGCGAUCGGGUCUCUACUUCGAAACGUCGCCCCAGCCCCAGCAAAGACCCCCGCUCUCUGUGCGAGAGGCAUUUCUUGGGGGUCUUCAGCAAAGUCCGUUUCUGCAGCGGCAAGAAAAGACCCGUUCGGCGGCGUCCAGAUGCACCCUCGAAACCUCCACAGGUGUCCCAUAAGGGCUGCAGGCUAGAGCCGCAGCUGAAAGGCAUCGUGACACGACUGUUCAGCCAGCAGGGUUUCUACCUGCAGAUGCAGCCGGAUGGAACCAUCGACGGCAGCAAGGACGAGAACAGCGACAACACCCUGUUUAAUCUUAUUCCUGUGGGUCUGAGAGUGGUGGCCAUCCAGGGAGUGAAGAGUGGCUUCUACAUCGCCAUGAAUGGCGAGGGCAUGCUCUACAGCUCGGAGAUGUUCACGCCGGAGUGCAAGUUCAAGGAGUCUGUUUUUGAGAACUACUAUGUGAUCUACUCAUCCACUGUGUACCGGCAGCAGGAGUCGGGUCGGGCCUGGUUCCUCGGACUCACGAAGGAGGGACAAGUCAUGAAGGGCAACCGGGUCAAGAAGACCAAGCCCUCGUCACACUUUGUGCCCAGGCCCAUUGAAGUUUGUAUGUACAGGGAGCCGUCAAUGCAUGAGAUAGAGGAAAAGCACCGCUCCAGGAAGAGCUCAGGGACUCCCACCAUGAACGGAGGGAAAGCCGUCAAUCAGGACUCCACAUAGCAGUGGGGGGAGGGGCUUCCAACAGGGGGGAGUGGCCUCAUCCUGACUCAGGGGGAGGGGCCUUAGGAAAACCCAACGCCCCCCCCCCUCAAAAUACGCACCACCAUCCCCUCUGAAAAAAAGAGGGCCUUGCGGCGACAAGGAGCUACUACUGUACACCCAAGACAACAAAAACAAAACUGAACUCUUGCCUGUGAAAACCUUUUAGAUGAAUUAAUAUGAAAACAGAGGAGAUAUAUAUCUAUAUAUGAA